CGGCGGAGCUCAUUUUUUUUGCACUCGGCGCAAAGCGCGCACGCACACUCGGCAUUCGGCGCAGGACAGCGGGGGCCCUUUCGCUCCCUUCUUCGCGCUCACUUGCGACCGUCUCUCAGCCAUGUUAAGCCGCGAGGCGUGAGCGCCGCGCGGCCGUCCCGGAGCUCGAAGCCGGCCCGCCCGCCCCACUCCUCAAGCCCCCCGUUCCGAAGUGGGGUUUACUUCCACCACCACCACCACCCCCCCUCGCCCCAUCCCUCUUGUCGUUCUCCUUUUUCUCCGUAGAGCGUUGCCUUUUCUCCUCUAAAAUUGGCUCCCGUACAAACCGCCGCGUUGGAUCCGUCGGCGUACUGCGAGACUCCGGUGUACAACCCGGAUCUCUGCCCCAACAUGAUCGCCGCGCAGGCCAAGCUGGUGUACCACCUCAACAAGUACUACAACGAGAAGUGCCAGUCGCGCAAGGCGGCCGUGUCCAAGACCAUCCGCGAGGUGUGCAAGGUGGUGUCGGACGUGCUGAAGGAGGUGGAGGUGCAGGAGCCGCGCUUCAUCAGCUCGCUGAGCGAGAUGGACAACCGCUUCGAGGGCCUGGAGGUCAUCUCGCCCAGCGAGUUCGAGGUGGUGCUCUACCUCAACCAGAUGGGCGUGUUCAACUUCGUGGACGACGGCUCGCUGCCCGGCUGCGCCGUGCUCAAGCUGAGCGACGGCCGCAAGCGCAGCAUGUCGCUGUGGGUGGAGUUCAUCACCGCCUCGGGCUACCUGUCGGCGCGUAAGAUCCGCUCGCGCUUCCAGACGCUGGUGGCGCAGGCGGUGGACAAGUGCAGCUACCGCGACGUGGUCAAGAUGGUGGCGGACACCAGCGAGGUCAAGCUGCGCAUCCGCGACCGCUACGUGGUGCAGAUCACGCCCGCCUUCAAGUGCACGGGCAUCUGGCCGCGCAGCGCGGCGCACUGGCCGCUGCCGCACAUCCCGUGGCCGGGGCCCAACCGCGUGGCCGAGGUCAAGGCGGAGGGCUUCAACCUGCUCUCCAAGGAGUGCUACUCGCUCAACGGCAAGCAGAGCUCGGCCGAGAGCGACGCCUGGGUGCUGCAGUUCGCCGAGGCCGAGAACCGGCUGCUGCUGGGCGGCUGCCGCAAGAAGUGCCUGUCGGUGCUCAAGGCGCUGCGCGACCGCCACCUGGAGCUGCCCGGCACGCCGCUCAACAACUACCACAUGAAGACGCUCGUCUCGUACGAGUGCGAGAAGCACCCGCGCGAGGCCGACUGGGACGAGAACUGCCUGGGCGACCGCCUCAACGGGAUUCUAUUGCAGCUCAUCUCCUGCCUGCAGUGCCGCCGCUGCCCGCACUACUUCCUGCCCAACCUCGACCUCUUCCAGGGAAAGCCGCACUCGGCCCUGGAGAACGCCGCCAAGCAGACGUGGCGCCUGGCCAGGGAGAUCCUCACCAACCCCAAAAGCUUGGAGAAACUCUGAGGUAACCCGCCCGACCGCCCGAACGACAUCUUUUCGCCGGCGCGCGCACGCGCUUCCCGGUCCGAUUCCCGCUUUGACGAGACUUGAAACGCGCGUGGACAUUUUGGAUACCGUCGAUGUGUUGAUGGCGUUGUGAGAUUGUGAAUGUUGGUGUGGCUUUUGUUUUUCUUGAUCUCCCGGGAACGAAAAAAAACAACCUAAUUUAUACUUUUGCUCGAUACGGUUUGUACUCCUCGUUUUUUUUCUCUCUCUCGCAAAAAGUUUACAUUUGAGUGUAAAGCAUCUGUUAAAAGAAACAUUCCAUCGAGUUACUUGAAUUUUUAAUUUAAAGAAUCUUUUUAUUGGCCGUUCUCUUCUUUUCUUUUUUUUUUUUUAAAUGACUUGCUCUGCCACGAUUUCUUUGGACUAAAACCUAUAUAUAAAUAUAGUAAAUAUAUCUGACGGUAAAAUUGAGGAAAAGACAUGCACUUGAACUACACUGGAUUAUAACAUCUGUGACCUGUUUGUUUGUUUUUUAAUUGUCAUCCACUUAAUUUAAAGAGCUAAUAAAACCAACUGUUAUGUAUUUA